GAAACGCUUAUCAGUAUCAGUGAAGUUCGAGUGCUUUAUUGCUCGUAAACUAGUGUCCGAAUGUUUUUUCCACUCUUAAACCGUUCAAUUAGUGCGCUCGUUCUGUCGUCGUCGAUGCUAAUUGGCGUAAUAACGGCUUACGAUUAUUGUGCUAAUACCGUGAAACUUUGCAAGCACGCCCGAGUGAAGGAACACAUCGGGUGUAAUGCUUAUGCGAGUUUUGGACCAAAGUGCGGGGAUGAUGCCCGAAUAGUGUUCCUCAAUUGGACCAUCCGCGGUUGGAUUUUGGACCAGCACAAUCAGCUUAGAUCCGGAUUGGCACUGGGUGAUUACGGAUUCCCAACGGCUGCCCGGAUGGCCACCCUGGAGUGGGACGCGGAACUGGCACUGGUGGCUUCCUUCAAGGCGAGGACAUGCAUUUUUGAGCACGAUUUCUGUCGCAAUACCGAGCGUUUCAUUACGGCCGGACAGAAUAUCCUAAUUACAUCGGUCCUGCCAAAUCGAAAGCCGCUGGUUGAGGAAAUUAUGGCCAUUGAUUCGUUCUUCAGCGAGUAUAAGGAUGCAACGGUUGAGGACUUGAAGGCAUACCCCAGAUACCUGGGCGAGGGCCCGAUGAUAGGUCACUUUACGCAAAUUGGAGCCGACCGAGCCAACCGAGUGGGAUGUUCCUUGAUCCGAUGGAAGAACUCCAACUGGUACAAUUACAUGUUCGUGUGUAACUACUCAAUGAACAACAUCGAAGGGCAAAGGAUUUACGACUUUGGACCUACGGGAAGUGGCUGCAUCACCGGGACUAAUCCGGAUUAUCCGGGGCUUUGCAGUACCCGGGAGCCUGUUUCUGCAUCUCCUUAUCUGCCGAACCAAUCGAGGAACAGCACUUUGCGGAUGAACUAAACUAAACUUAACUAUUAGAAAACUGUCUGGUCAGUUGAAAUCGACAGAAGAAAGGCAAAUUGAUAUCCUAACUUUCGAAUAAAUGGCCACAGACAAAAUCUAGACUAGAAUGCAAUUUGUUAGCUCAACUGACCGGAAAAUUCACAGAAAACCCUUCGGAGUGAAAUAUAUCUGACCGAUUCAGCAA